AUGACGAGAAGCUAUAUGAACCUGUGGGAUGAUGCUUUGAACUUUACGGAUAAUGACAAUAUGAAAGGACGUGAUAAACCUGUUGAAAGUAAUAAUAAUCCGCAAAUUAAUGAUACGUUGUUGAACAGCUCUAAGCAACCAAUGAACUCAACUCAUCUACUCCAAACUACGAUGAACCCUUUGGCCAGACAACAAGGAUCCCAAUUAAAAACAGUCAGUAGAGCCUUCGAGACUAAUAAUAUUGUGGGAACGAAAAGGUUGGCUGUUGUUGGUGCCUAUCUUUCGGGUUUGGCUGUGUUUUGGUAG